AUAAGACUUUAACAACUAUGGUUUUAAAUAACCCCUCAGGUAACACUCUUGUAUGUACAGCAGCAAUGCAUCUGAAGGACCUUUUCAUCUGUCUUUCUUUGAUCCUUCUAUCAUUUGACUCAUCUUUCUCCCCUCUCCAGGAUGCUGUGCCUGUACGUGUGCUUCUUCCUCAGCUUCUCUGGAGUGGCCCUUUCUAACCUCCAGGAGAAACAGACAGACUUUGGAAUGCGGGUCUUCUCCCAUGUGGCCCAGACCUCCAUGGGCUCUAACCUGGCCUUCUCACCCUACGGCGUGGCCACCAUCCUGGGCAUGGCUCAGCUGGGCGCUGGGGGUAACACCCUGAAGACACUCAAUGCCAAAUUGGGCUUCUCUCUACAAGGUAAGGGUUGACUGUUUUGUAGUCUCUUACCACAGCUGUUAUGUAUAACGACAUAGGGUAGUUGCAUGAGUUUUACAAAGUGAGACAGAUGGUAGACUUGGCUUUAUCUAAACAAUGAGGCCUUGAUAAUAACAUAACUCCAGGCUGACAUAGUUAUAACAAAAAGAGCCAUCCUAGCCUGCGACUAGCAACAUCCCCACUAUCUCACCAUCUCUAUUUGCAAUCGUGACUCAUUCAUUCUCUCAUUCUCUCCAUUCCACUUCUCCUCCUCCUCUUCCAUUCCAGCCUUCUUUGUACUUUUAAUCAUAUAUAAAAAUCAUUGAUUCCUCUCCUCCAGAGCGAGGGAUGUUGCGUCAGCAGUGUCUGCUACAGCAAUACCUCUCCAGUGAGGAGGGAGUGGAGCUGGCCAGUGGGGUCAUGGUAGAGAAGAAGAUGGCCCUGGAGAAGGGCUUCAGGAGGCGGCUGGGGAAAGCCUUCCAGGCCUCCCCUCACCAGUUGGACUUCUCCAGGCCAGACCAGGCCCUGGAAUUCAUCAACGCCUGGGUCUCUGACCACACCGCAGGUGAGAUACAGUAGUAUAGUAUUGGCUCAUACCUUCAAUGUCAUGCCCAUCAUCACAUAUUGCAAGUGUGCAAUUUGUGAAAAUAGAUGAAGUUGUAGUAGAUGUAGCAACAACAAUGCAUACAACACAACCAGUGACAGACAGAGAGAAUACAAGUUGCUUGUUUUCUCCAGCAAAUAAAACUCUUCGUGGGAUUAGACCGAUUUAUAAUCUAAACAAACCUCCCUAACGCUCUCUUUUCUCUGCUCCAGGUACCAUCCCUUCGUUCCUGUCAUCCGGUGCUCUGACCGACGAGACCCGCAUGGUCCUGCUGAACGCUCUGCACUUCCAGGGGUUAUGGAAGGUGCCCUUUGACCCCAAGAUGACAGAGGAGAGGCUGUUCCACUGUGCCAACGGCAGCUCUGUGCCCGUACCCAUGAUGAGGCUCACACAUCGCUUCAACUAUGGUGGGAAACUCAGGAUGUUUUUCAAGUGCAGAAUUUUCCCAUUAGACAUUUUUACAUUUAAGUCAUUUAGCAGACGCUCUUAUCCAGAGCAACUUACAUGAGCAAUUAGGGUUAAGUGCCUUGCUUAAGGGCACAUCGACAUAUUUUUCACCUAGUCGGCUCAGGGAUUAGAACCAGCUACCUUUCGGUUACUGGCACAACGCUCUUACCCACUAAGCUACCUGCGCCUUUUUACAUCCCAUUGACAUUAAUACAUCCUAUCUUCUCUUUAAAUACUUUAGAAGUUAACUUAGGAUUCUGCCCAAAAUGAGGUAUUCUAACAUGAGAUCUGUGCACGUAACUCAAGUUUUCGCAUCUUCCAUUGAUAUCAUUUACACCCAUUUAGUUAGGACUCUGCCCUUAGGGCAUGCAUUCUUCAACAGUGAUUCAAACGAGUCCGCCCCAGCCCAGCAGCCAGUGUUUAAAACAGUCAUGACUACAAGUACUACCUCCACUAAUCAAACUGAAACUAAUCCAACCUCUCCUCUCUUCUCCUCUACAGGUGAGUUCGAGACCCCCGACGGUGUGGACUAUGACGUCAUCGAGGUUCCGUACGAGGGCGAGUCCCUGAGCAUGCUGCUGGUCACACCCUUCGAGUCCGAGAGGCCAGUGAGCGCGCUCAGUAGCGAGCUGACCACCAGACGCCUGCAGCAGUGGAGAGAGGAGUUGAGGAGUGUCAACCGUCAACUGGCCCUGCCCAGGUUUACCCUGGACACUGAGGUGGAUCUGAAGUCUACACUGACCAGGAUGGGGUUGGGGGACAUGUUCAACCUGGCCAAAGCAGACUUCACUCGCAUCACCAGUGAGUACCCUACCAUUCAUCACUUAGUAAUUGGUGUCUGAAAUGGCACCCUAUUCUUUAUAUAGUGCACUACCUUUGAUCAGGGCCCAGGGCUCUGGUCAAAUGUAGGGCACUAUGUAGGGAAUAGGAUGGGCUCUGUUGCAAUAUCCACACUACUAGCAUUUCACUUUAGAAUGUAUUGGGCAUAUAUUCUGUAGUAUGAAAGUAUGGACAUUGGAAAGUGACAGACUUGGUCCUUUCUUUACUUCCAUAUGAUCAGUGUGUGUGUUUAGCAAAUACAGAAUACUGUAUGUUUCUCAUUCUUUUUAGACAGCUAAUCUAAACUCCCUCUCUUUCUUUCUCUGCCAGCUGAGGAAAGGCUGUGUGUGUCCAAGGUUCUGCAGAAAGUCAAGAUUGAGGUGAACGAGAAGGGAACCAAGGGAUCAGCUGCCACAGGUACAUUACAUGACCAAUACUUAUUCCUGAUGAUUUAACCAAUAGUAUAACGAAGUGUUUGACAGUUUUGACUAGGCUUUUAUACAAUACAUUUAUGAUGAAUUGAUGAUAGUAUAGGCUACAGAGUUGCGUUUUGACAGUAUUUGUUAUACGGAUGUACAUAACGAUAAUUAAUUGAUGUUAAAGUGAUGAUACUGUACAGAGUUGCGUUUUGACAGUAUUUGUUAUACGGAUGUACAUAACGAUAAUUAAUUGAUGUUAAAGUGAUGAUACUGUACAGAGUUGUGUUUUGACAGUAUUUGUUAUACGGAUGUACAUAACGAUAAUUAAUUGAUGUUAAAGUGAUGAUACUGUACAGAGUUGUGUUUUGACAGUAUUUGUUAUACAGAUGUACAUAACGAUAAUUAAUUGAUGUUAAAGUGAUGAUACUGUACAGAGUUGUGUUUUGACAGUAUUUGUUAUACGGAUGUACAUAACGAUAAUUAAUUGAUGUUAAAGUGAUGAUACUGUACAGAGUUGUGUUUUGACAGUAUUUGUUAUACGGAUGUACAUAACGAUAAUUAAUUGAUGUUAAAGUGAUGAUACUGUACAGAGUUGUGUUUUGACUGUAUUUGUUAUACGGAUGUACAUAACGAUAAUUAAUUGAUGUUAAAGUGAUGAUACUGUACAGAAUUGUGUUUUGACAGUAUUGUCUCCUCUCUUUGUCCCUUACAGCUGCCAUUAUGUUUUCUCGUAUGGCUGUAGAGGAGAUCACCCUGGACAGGCCCUUCCUUUUCCUCAUCCAACACAAGUCCACAGGUGAGUUUCCCUCACUGUGCCUCUACCACCAUCUAUGUUACAAACAACAUCAUGUUAGCCUUGGUUAUCCACUGUCUCAAAUCAUCACA